AUGCUGGUACAUGCAGAGAACCUCACCGUCUUCACAGAGUUCCUCCUCAUGGACAUCUCCAGCUCCCGGGAGCUCCAAGUAUUGCAAGGUUUAAUAUUUUUAGUGAUUUAUCUGGGUGCCCUGGCUGGAAAUCUUGUGAUCUUUACCGUCAUUGUGAUGGAUUCAAAUCUUCACUUUCCUAUGUACUUCUUUAUAGGCAAUUUAUCUCUGAUAGACUUUGAUUUCAUCUCAGUUACUGUCCCCAAAUCCAUCAUAAAUUCCCUAAUGGGUAGUAAACUGAUUUCUCUCACAGAAUGUGCUGCUCAGACUUUCUUAUUUAUAUUAUUUGGAGCCACAGAUUUCUUCUUCCUUGUGGUCAUGUCCUAUGACCGCUAUGUUGCCAUUUGCCACCCUCUGCAUUAUGGGCUCACUAUGACCCCACGUCUGUGCACACAGGUGGCAGGGGUCUCAUGGGCCAGUGGGCUGGUCUACUCUGCUGUCCACACAGGGACCAUGUUCAGGCUUCCCUUCACAGAGUCCAAUGUGAUCCACCAGUUUUUUUGUGACAUCCCUGAAGUCCUGAACAUCUCAUCCCAGGACGUGCAGUUUUCUGAGUCAGUGGUCCUGGCUCUGAGCGCCUGCAUCAUCUUGUUCUGCUUUGUCAUCUUAUUCACCUCAUAUGUUCACAUCUUUUCAGCUGUGCUACACAUGCAUUCUGUGGAAGCCCGGAACAAAGCCCUGUCCACCUGCUCUCCUCAGGUAGCUACACUUAUUCUUCUUGUGAUUUCUGGAUUGUUUGCUGUAUUGGGUCCUGUCUCAAAUGAAUCAAACAUUCAAACUCUGCUUAUGACCAUGUUCUAUUCCAUGAUCCCACCCUUUAUAAACCCCUUUAUUUUUGGCCUGAGGAACAGGGAGAUAAAGAAUGCUGUAGGCAGAAUGUUCAAAAGCAUUUUCAAUUGCGACUAA